AUGACCACCCUCCCCACGAACUCCGCCCUAAUCCUCUCCCUCCUCACCUCCCUCGGCGGAAUAAUCGGCUUCGCGCGCACCGGCUCCAUCCCCUCCAUCGCGGCCGGCGUCUCCGUCGGCGCCCUAUACCUGUAUUCGUUCGCGCGACUGCGCAGCGGCCAGGCCUACGGCGAAGAGCUCGGUCUAUUGGCGUCGAUCGUGCUAGGCGGGAGCUCGGUGCCGCGCGCGAUUAAGACGCGCAAGGCGGUGCCCGUGGCGUUGAGUUUGGUGGCGGCGUAUGGACUUUUGGUGUUUGGGGCUGCGGUGAAGGGGGGUGCGAAGAGGGCUUGA